GUCGUAAAAUUGUUGACAAAAGCGUUAAGUGAUACCUAUCUAUUUUUUGGGAAAAUAUUAUUAAUUAAAUAACAAAUAAAAUAUAAAUUCAUCUGUUUAUACGUUUAAAUUUAAUACUCGUAGAAAACUAACUGCAUUCUAAUUUAUAACAAAAAAAUAUAAAUUCAUUUAUGUACCCGAACAAUAUUGUUUUACUGGAAAUUCUAUAAAUAAUACGAUGGCAGAUGAUAUCGUUUUUGAGUUAUUGCAUUCUGAAAUAAUUAAUUAUGCACUUGAACAAACAAAAGAUAAUAGUAAUAAGGAAACUGAUUUAUCAGUAGUGGAGUAUAUAGGUUUUGCAGCUGGUUAUAAAAUUAUGGAACGAUUGACAAGAGAAUGGCCGAGAUUCAAGGAUGAACUAGAUACUAUGAAAUUCAUAUGCACAGAUUUUUGGACAUGCAUAUACAAAAAGCAGAUAGAUAAUUUACGCACUAAUCACCAGGGCGUAUAUGUGUUGCAAGAUAAUGCAUUCCGAUUUUUAACAAACUUUUCUAAUGGUCACCAAUACUUGGAAUAUGCUCCAAGAUAUGUAGCAUAUACAUGUGGACUUCUAAGGGGAGGACUUGCAAAUCUUUGCAUUAACAGUGUGGUGACAGCUGAAGUUCAAACUAUGCCUUCAUGUAAAUUCCAUAUUCAUGUGCAGAGAACCUAAAUGCAUUCAAUGUAUCUAUUAUAUUAUAUGUAAUAUAUAUUAGCAUAUUUUAUCUCAAUAAAUAUUUAUCAUAC